AUGCCCGUUGACGGCGCAAAUGGCUGCCUCCGGGCAUUCACACAACUCAAAGCACAAUACUCGAAGAUGAAGGUCAUCCUCUCAGUCGGGGGAGGAGGCAAGGGAAGCGAAAAUUUUGCCGCAGUAGCGCGGAGCCAAACCCGUCUGGAGACCUUUGUACGGACCGCGAAGGAACUCGUAGAUGAGUUUGGACUCGAUGGAAUUGACAUCGAUUGGGAGCACCCUUCAAGCCCCGCCGAGGGCUCAGAUUAUGUCCGUCUUCUUGCCCGGUUGCGUGAAGUUCUACCGUCACCACGCUAUGUGCUGGCCACUUGCCUUCCAGCUGGUGAAUGGGCCCUGCAACAUAUAGAUCUGUGCAAGGCGCAGAACUAUGUCGACCUGAUCAACAUCAUGGCGUAUGAUUUCUCCGGACCGUGGACCAGCGAAACAGGACACCAGUCGCAGCUGUAUAACCCAUCUCGAGACCCAACAGGGGCGAUCUCGUGUCAGUCGGCCAUCGCAUACGUAAUCGCACAAGGUGUCAACCCCAAGAAGAUUCUCCUUGGGAUCCCAGCGUACGGUCGCUCUUUCCUAGGCAGUAAUCACAUCGGUCAGCGUUACAGUGGUUGUGGAGGGGAGGAUGGCGUCUUUGACUACUGCGACCUACCGCGGCCGGGCGCGAAAGAGUAUUAUGAUGAACAGUUCGGCGCUGCCUGGUGUGUUGGCGGCGAUGGCGGGUUUGUGACCUACGACACCCCUGAGACGGUGCAACAGAAGGCCAAAUUUGCGACCAAGACCAAACUGGGGGGUCUAUUUUAUUGGCACAUCGGAGGUGAUGCAAGAGGACCCCGCAGCCUGAUCGAGACGGGAUAUAAGACCUUGCAUGAUAUGUGA